AUGGCAACAAACUUCACUCCAAUUUCAUCUUCACUCUAUGUUGGUGAUUUAUUACCAGAAGUUUCAGAACAACAUUUAUUUGAAAUUUUCAAUCAAGUUGGUUUAGUAUCAAACAUUAGAGUUUGUCGUGAUACCAAUACUCGUCGUUCAUUAAGUUAUGCAUACGUUAACUACUAUAAUGGUGCAGAUGCUGAACGUGCAUUGGAUACCUUAAACAAUACCCCAAUCAGAGGUAAGGCCUGUCGUAUUAUGUGGAGUCAACGUGAUCCAUCACUUCGUAAAUCAGGUGUUGGUAAUGUUUUCAUCAAGAACCUCGACAAAGGUAUUGAUCAUAAAGCAUUAUAUGAUACCUUUAGUGCUUUUGGUAACAUUUUAUCAUGCAAAGUUGUCACUGACGAUGGUAACAGUAGCAAAGGUUUUGGUUUCGUUCACUAUGAAACCCAAGAAUCUGCCGAUAAAGCUAUUGCCAAAGUCAAUGGUAUGAUGAUUAACGGACAAAAGGUUUUCGUCGGUCCAUUCAAAUCCUCAAAGGAACGUGGUCAACCAACCGAAGUUAAAUUCACCAAUGUCUUCUUCAAGAAUCUCUCUGAAGAUGUAGGUCCAGAUCAAUUGAAAGAACUCCUCCAACAAUAUGGUGAAAUUACCAACAUCACCAUAAUGGCCGACGAUAAGGGUAAGAGUAAAGGUUUUGGUUUCGCCAACUUUGAAUCAGCCGAAGCUGCAAAGAACGUCGUUGAAAACGAAAAUGGUAAAAUCUUCCAUGGUAAACCAAUCUAUGCUGGUCGUGCCCAAAAGAAGAUUGAACGUGAAGCUGAACUCAAACACACUUUUGAAACCAAAUAUCAAGGUGUCAAUCUCUACAUCAAAAACAUUGACGACUCUAUCGACAAUGAUAAACUCCGUGAAGUUUUCUCUCAAUUCGGUACCAUAACCUCUGCUAUCGUUAUGAAAGACGACAAAGCCACCACCAGCAAAGGUUUUGGUUUCGUUUGUUACACCGCACCAGAUGAGGCCACUCGUGCCGUCACCGAAAUGAACGGUCGUAUGAUUGGUACCAAGCCAUUGUACGUUGCUUUAGCUCAACGUAAAGAUAUUCGUCGUGCUCAACUCGAAAUGCAACACCAACAAAAAUUCAAAACUGGUAUCCGUCAACAAAUGCCACCAACCUACGGUAGUGGUCCAGUUUUCUUCACUCCAGCCCCAGUCAACCCACAAGUUGUCUACCAACAAAUGAUGCCACGUCCACGUAACUGGAACGGUCAACCAGUAGGUGUCCCACAAGGUCAAUACGCCAAUAUGAACUAUGCCCGUGGUCAACCACGUCAAAAUGGUCCACGUCAAAACGGUGGUCAACCACGUCAAAACGGUCCACGUCCAGACGUUUCAGGUGCUCAACCAAUUCCAGUUCAACAACAAACCACUUUGGAUGUCGCUCAAACUCAACAAGCCGCCUCAUCAGCUGAAUCUGCUCUUAACCUCCAAUCAAUCAUCAAUCUCCCAUCUCGUGAUCAACAAAACGUUGCUCUCGGUGAACACCUCUACCCAUUAAUCCACAACUCUCAACCAGAUUUGGCCGGUAAAAUCACAGGUAUGCUCUUAGACUCUUUACCAGUUGAAGAAUUAUUCACCCUUACUCAACGUCAAGACUUGUUAGCCGAUAAAAUCAGAGAAGCCCUUGAAGUUUUAGGUUCAAACUAA